UCAAAUAACUAUUUCAUACCCGACACCCAUGUUUAAAACUCGUGAAGAGACGCUUUUUCCUUUACAAAAAACAAACUAAUCCACGCUUUCCAGCAUUUCUCAUAUCCAACGCGGAACAGAUAUUUAUCUUUUGCCUUUUCAGAAGUAAAUGUAUUUUUAGAGGGAGAAAGUUCUAGAGAGAUACAGAGUGUGGAACAGUAAGCUGCGGUGGUUGCUCGUUAAGCGGUCAUCAAUGGCUGUCGCUGACCGGCAAAGGCAACACAGCGAAAAGAAGAUGUUUAGUUUAUGUCCGUUUUGGCAAAGCGCCAAUUUAUCCUCUUCCUCUUCUACGCAAAACCUGAACCAUACUCAAAACGGCAACAGCAGUAACCGCAACGCGAUGGUUAAUAAUAGCUCGAAAUCUUCAUCUUCUGCUAGAACGGUGUCGUCUGUUGCCAGAUCUCUCCUCCCUGCUCGGCGGAGACUCCGUCUCGACCCUUCUAACAAACUCUACUUUCCCUAUGAACCAGGAAAACAGGUCAGGAGUGCGAUCAGGUUAAAAAACACUAGCAGGUCUCAUGUAGCUUUCAAGUUUCAAACAACUGCACCAAAGAGUUGUUUCAUGCGUCCUCCAGGUGGCAUCCUUGCUCCGGGAGAGAGCCUUAUUGCAACUGUAUUCAAGUUUGUGGAGCAUCCAGAGAACAAUGAAAAAGUAAUAGACCAGAAGAGCAAGGUUAAGUUUAAGAUAAUGAGUUUGAAGGUGAAACCAGGAUUAGAAUAUGUACCUGAGAUGUUUGAUGAACAGAAAGAUCAGGUAACAGUUGAGCGUAUAUUGCGGGUUGUGUUUCUGGAUGCAGAGCAUCCUAGUCCUGCAUUGGAAAAACUGAAGCGUCAGUUGGCUGAAGCUGAGGCUGCUGUCGAAACACGGAAGAAACCUCCACCUGACACCGGACCACGAGUUGUUGGUGAAGGUCUUGUAAUAGAUGAAUGGAAAGAGCGGAGAGAAAAAUACCUGGCUCGACAAAAGGUUGAAGCGGUGGUAGAUUCAACAUGAGAAGGGAAUUGAUCUUGCUGUAACUGCUUCUAGCAGGUUGUCUUUAGACCCCUCAGUUCAUGGAUUUCUAGCGAGCUAAAGUACAGAACGAGGUGGCUGUCAGGUGCUUUGGAUUAAAAAAGAAAAAAAAAAUGGUGUGAUGCCAUUAUUUGUUGGAAGAUCAUUAUGGAGGUCAAAGUUUUAAGAUUUGGGCCUCACCCACCCUGUAGAUAAUGGAUUUUGUUUUAUAAGGAAAAUAAAUAAAAAUACUAUAAGCUUUAUUUUGUAUAUUUUAGGGAUGUGGUGCCCAGCGUUGUCAGUUUUUUAGCCUUGUCCAUUGGAAGUUAUACUUGAUCAACAACAUUGUUCAUGGUAAAUUUAUAUUAAAUGACCUGCAUUACUUUGUCUCU